AUGGCCCCCAUGUAUGCGAAUGCCUACAUGUACCAAUAUGAGAUGCAAUAUAUUCUACAAAGAUAUGACCUACAUAUCACUCGAUAUUUUAGGUUUAUCGAUGAUAUCCUCAUUUUAUGGAAUGGCACCAAGGAAGAGGCGCUUCAGUUUACAUUGGGUUUAAAUACACUGCCAACACCGGUGAAGAUGACCUCACACGUUGAUGAAAAAAGUGUACAGUUUCUUGAUGUUGAAAUUAUGAUUAUCGAUGAAAAACUGGAGUUUAGACUUUUUACUAAACCAACAGAUCGAAACACUAUAUUGCAUUUUGAUAGCUUCCAUCCGAGACAUUUGAAAACAUCCUUACCCUCUUCACAAUUCUUGCGGGUACUGCGUAAUAAUUCCCUUAGUCAGCAAUGCAAUCUUCAAUUAGAAGCCAUGUACAAGAAAUUUUGGACCAGAGGAUACCCACGGAGCAUACUUGAAGUGGCUCUUAAGAGAGCAAAAAUGACACACUCUACAUCUGAGGUACGAAUAGGUAGAGCAACGAAUACCAGACUCAUUUUUCCAAUGCAGUUUAAUACUGCAAGUACAGAGAUUACUUCUUCCAUUCGGAAAAAUUGGAAUACUCUAGCAAUGGACCCUACUCUUCCAGAGAACUUUCGCCAGAAACCUUUGUUCUGUUACCGACGAAAUAGGAAUUUGAGAGACAUGUUG